AUGGUGAACAUUACAGAGAAGAUCAAAGAAAAACUCGCUCGUCUCCGCGCACAACUGCUGGAGCCCGCAGCGGGCGCAGGUAGUGGCGGCGGAAGUGGUUUCGAUGUGUCGAAAUCAGGUGAUGCGCGUAUAGCCCUUGUUGGAUUCCCGUCGGUGGGAAAGUCGACGUUUCUGUCGAGAAUCACAAAGACCAAGUCUGAAGCUGCGUCUUACGCUUUCACUACGCUCACGGCCAUUCCUGGUGUGCUCGAGUAUGGUGGUGCGGAAAUCCAGGUCCUGGAUCUGCCGGGUAUCAUUGAGGGCGCUGCCGAAGGAAAGGGGCGCGGAAGACAGGUCAUUAGUGCGGCCAAGACGAGUGACCUAAUCUGCAUGGUUCUUGAUGCUACCAAGAAGGCGGAGCAGAGGCGGUUGCUCGAGGCCGAAUUGGAGGCCGUAGGGAUCCGGUUGAACCGAUCGCCACCCAACAUUUACCUCAAGCCUAAAAAGGCUGGUGGUAUGAAGAUUAGUUUCCAGGUUCCGCCAAAGUAUAUCGACGAGAAGAUGGUGUACAACAUUCUCAAGGACUACAAGAUGCUCAACUGCGAAGUCCUAGUGCGCGACGAGAAUGUCACUGUCGAUGACUUCAUCGACACAAUCAUGAAGGACCAUCGCAAGUACAUCAAGUGUUUGUAUGUGUACAACAAGAUUGACAGCAUUGGCCUGCCGCACUUGGACGAACUAGCACGCGAGCCAAACACGGUAGUCAUGAGCUGCGAACUGGACCUGGGCAUUCAAGACGUGGUGGAUAGGUGUUGGGAAGAGCUGAGGCUGAUCCGAAUCUACACCAAGAGAAAGGGAUGCGAGCCGGAUUUCUCAGAGGCAUUGAUUGUGCGCCAAGGAAGCACAAUUGAGGAUGUUUGCGACCAGGUGCACCGGACGCUCAAGGAGACGUUCAAGCACGCAUUGGUGUGGGGAGCGAGCGCCCGACAUGUGCCACAAAAGGUGGGCUUGGGCCACAUUGUGGCUGAUGAGGAUGUAGUGAGCAUUGUGGCGAAGUAG